UUUGAACCGUAGCUAGCUUGGCUGGUCCUUCAGUUUGUUCGAUGCCUGCCAUACUAGGCUGGGAGUUCUGACCAGGAAUGUCCACACUUUUACAACCCUUUUUCGACUUUCAAAGUCAAAAGAUUUUGUCAUUCAAGGAACUCUAGCACAAUAUUUGAUACGUUUAUUUUUUUUUGGCUUGAUUACUAUAUUCUUGUCUCAAGUACCUCGCGCUAGCGCGAUUCAUCGAGCGACAUGCAGCUGUGUGUUUUAUUGUAGACUAACGCAGUCUGACACUUUUUCUACUUUUCUGUGGACACGGUUUUAAAUUAGUAUUGUCGAGAACUUUAACUACUAGACUAGUACAGCACAACAUAAUGAUAUGGGUCAAAGAGACAUUAUAUCAUAUGAGACCUCGGUGAGAAGAAAAAGCGGAAUUCGAACUGCGGCGAAAAUGUGCCGUCUGGAUGUGGAGUCUGCGGUUAAGGGACAUGAACAACAUGUAAAUAUAAUUCCUUCGUCAAGGUACAUGGUGGGCCGCGGGGUGAAGCGCAAGCUUAGUGAAUGCGAGGAUCCAACACUAGACCUGCCCUACCCUCAGCAGAGACAGAUGGUUCUAGACCUGUGCCUGAACAAGCUCCAGAGCUGCCAGCGCAGAGCCGAACCCAGCCUGCACCGCUCGGUCCUGCUGGCUAACACACUGCGGCAGAUUCAACGGGAAAUGAGGCAGGAGGGAGUCCUGCACUCCCUCGAGUCACCGCCUCCGGCUCCCUCGCUGCCUCAAGCCCUUGCCGCUCAGCGCCAAUCACCGGAGGUGGCGCCCACGCCGUCGGACCGUCCCGACACGCCAGUGGCCACAUUCUCACCCUCCCCGCUUUGCGAAGACGACAAUGCAGUGUCGGGCUGCAUAGGCCUCCACAAGAGGCCGUGGUCGGAAGACGAUGGGAAGUCGCCGGAUCUGCUACUCGGGUCUUUUGAAAUAACAAACUCCACCAGCUACCUGACAGACCUGCAGCUGGAUGACAUCUUUGAGGACAUUGACACGUCUAUGUAUGAUCCUUCAGACUUCUCUGUCCUGGCCUGCCCCUCUCCCAGGGUCAACAGCGGAUCCUCUUUGGGGAGUGACGAUAACCUCAAGGCGUUUUCUUCCAGCAGCGCCUUGCAGGUGUGUCUCAACGACCUCGACCACAUCAUGGAGAUCCUGGUGCGUUCCUGACUUUCUGCCGCCAUGUCACGGGUGGCCAGGAUUUUAAUGACCUGGCAGCGGGAAGAAAAACUAAUUUAUAUAUUUGUUUUAAUUUGUUUCUAUUUUUGUACAAAAGAACUUGGUAUAUUUAUACAAAAAGACAUACCUGCCUGAUACACUUCUGCUGUAUGGUUAGUGCACAAUUUUGGUGCCAUCUUUUUUCCUAUAACAAGAUUAACUUUAUAUGCAAGGACUUGGCUUACAAACCCCAUUUUACCAUUGAAACCUAUUUAAACUGGAUGGUUAUUCACCAGUGAAUUCUUCUAGAGAGAAAAAACAAUCUGUAAAACAAGAUAAUGACAAUGACAUUAUUGAUGAUUUUAUCAUGUAUAUCUAGAGCAUUACAAUAAUUUAUUAAGAUUUAAUAUGAAAUAGACUGACUUAUUCAAUACUCUACCUCUUUCUUAAACAAAGAUCUCUCACUAUUCAAAGACAUUCAGAAACCUGCCGCUUGUGUUCCAAUUGGGCUUAUUAAUUUAACAUUACAAAUUGUAAUUGUCUCAAUGUUUGUUUUUUUGGUCCCAGAGCGAAUGCCUUCUGCCGAUGUGAGUCUCUAAUGAUAGUUAAUAAGCCCACGCUUAUGUCAUUUGUCUCAUUUUAAUAGUGGACAAUAAAGGAAUAAGCACUGAUUUGUAUGUAUGGAUGGUUUACGGUUUAGUCACUUCUCUUGAAGGGACAUUGCAUUGAUUACCUUUAAUAUUUUGUUGCCGACUAUACAUUUUAAAAUGUGUUCAUUCAUUUAGUGGUUAGUCUCAUUGAGGAACUGUACAAAUGUGUAAUGUAUAUUUUCCACUAAUGAUUGUUCAGAAAUGCAGAAACCGCCGUAUCCCUCUAUAGAACAUAGUGCCUAUAAUGGAGGAAGAUUAGGACAGUGGAACUGCUCACUGUAUACCUGCACCUGGAGAAUAGCCUAUGAAAAGGCCACAACCUGUUUGUUUCUGUUAGUGAUUUUGUCUAUGAUGUGAUACUAAAUUGAGAAGCCAUUCUGCCAGCUUUGGACAAGUGUGCUUCUAACCUUCAUAAUCUUCUCGCCAAAGACUGUGACACUGCAAAAAGCAAGUCUUGGAUGUCAAUGUGGACAUGGUGCAGCCGAAUGUUGAGUUUAAACGCAAGUCAUCAGGUAAAAUCCUGAUCCAAAAUUCAGGAGUCAAUCUCUUCAAACCAAAUGCUGGGAUGGACUUAAGUCCCCUGAAAAAAUGCAAGUCAUGGAUAGCUAAAGCCUUUGCAAAAUUACCAGGAACUGUAAUGUUUAUAAAGGCUCUAAUGGGACAUCA